UUGAAUUAGGCGGUUUAAUUGAAAAUAAAGAAAUAGGGACACUUUUCUCCCCCUUUGCUCCCUAUUAUUUUCUCUAAUAACCUAUGGUAUCCAUUUACUUAUCCGCGAAAAAACCCUAUCUCUCUUCUAAACCUCUCUCUGGUCGAUUAAGGUCAGAAGAAAAAAGUUCGCCACUUCGCCGUUCCUGGAGGCAGAGCCGUCGAUCCUCGUCGUUCCUAUCUUCUUCGUCUCCAUCGAGAUACCUCGACACCGGGCAGUGGUCUUCCGAUCCUCAUAGAGUACCACGAUUCCGGUCCAUCCCACUUACCGACGGUGCAUACGCCCGCCUCAGCCGCCGUGUGAAGCCAACAUCACAACCCCAAUCUCUACUGCCUCCAAUUUACAGAGGGGAACAACUCUGCUGUAAGCAUCAAGUUGCAGCAAGACUUGCUGAUGCGCUGGGAGAAUGUGUUGAUGUAAUGGUGUCCGAUGAGGAACUUGCGUUCAUGCUUUCUCAGCUUUGAUGGAGGAGCAGUUAUUUGGAGUCAAUUUUGCCAGAAAACAAUGGAGGAAGACAUCAACUAAGCUCCUUGGGAUUGUUGUUGCUGCUGCUUGUGAAUGGGGAUGAUGCGGCAACAAGCUGUGAUAAUCGUCGGCCAUGGCCCUUGGCUAGUAAUGCAUCUAAAAGGAUAAUAAUUAGCAACAAAAAAGAAUGAACAAACCUGGUGAGUGGUGAUUGCCGAUUGGAACGAAGAUGGUGAUUGCCGAUUAGAUCUUGUUGUGAAUGGCGUCGGUUUGAGAACGCAGGAAUUGGGAGAAUGGGAGAUGGUGAUUGCCGAUUGGUGAGGACCGAGAAGACGAGAACCAGAGAACGACACAACAGGGUUGGGAUUUGGGACUUUCUGCCGAUCGAGUGCCGAGGACUUGGGAGACGGGUUGGGAGAAGGGCUGGAAAUUGGGCUUUUUUAAGUGGGCUGUAACUAAAAGAUUUGGUCUGGGCUUAUAUAUGUUUAAUCAUUAAUACACAUAAUAUGGGCUCGGUUAUUCGGUCGGUUUUGGUUAACAUUGCCCGAAACCGAAACCGAUAACCGAAUUAACCGAAUAUUUUUUAUAUUAAAACCGAAAACCGAAACUGAAUUUAAAAUUGCGGUCGGUUCGGUUAAAUUGUUUCAGUUAAUCGGUCGGUUCGGUUAAAUUGCUCACCCCUACAUACAGCUAGAUAGUUUCCCUUUGAACAUCAAAAGAGGAUGUUUCUCUGUAUUAUUGGUACUUACUAGUUUUUUGCUGAUAAGUUAAAUAUUCUUUCGUAGAAGUAAAAUAACUUAAAUGGU